CAUUCUGCUUUAAGCAGAGAUGUUUCAAAGGUUGAAGUAACGCAAAUCAAGUUGCCCUCUAUCACGAAAGAUAAAAAGUUGACUUUCAUUGACGUAGACAAGCAUGUCUAUAAACACAUACAUUAUGGUUAUGUAUAUAUAUUUGUUCUCCCUUAGUCGAGAGAAGAUUAAGCCAGAAAAAGAACUGGAAAGGGCCAAGAAGCAAAUAUUGAAAUGCAAACUUGGAAUACGUGAAGCCAUUUGCCAGUUGGAUGGGCUUAGCUCUGUUGGACAUAUCGAAGAUUCAGCUGUUGCUCCAGAUGGAUCAGUUCAUCAUGAACAUAUAAUAUGUGCAAAAUGCAAGUUGCGUGAAGCUUUCCCUGAUAAUGAUAUCGUACUAUGCGACGGGACAUGCAAUUGUGCUUUUCACCAAAAAUGUCUCGAUCCACCUCUGUCUACUGAAAACAUUCCUCCAGGAGAUGAAGGCUGGUUUUGUAGAUAUUGUAAGAGUAAGAUGGAAAUAUUGGAAGUUACAAAUGCUCAUCUUGGGACCAACUUCCCCUUGGACAGCAAUUGGCAGGAUAUCUUCAAGGAAGAAGCUGCUUUAUUAGACGGCAAGGAGUCCUUGCUGUGCCCGGAAGAGGAAUGGCCAUCUGAUGACUCUGAAGAUGUUGACUAUGAUCCAGAAGGAAGGGAGUUUCAUAGUCCUAACAGCAUGUCUGGCUCUGGAUCUGAUUCUAGUGUUGAUGCUAGCAGUUCCAACAGUUUAAGUUCAAUUGAAGAUGACGUUCUCUUGCUUUCUGAAAGACUAGAUAAGAGGCACAUGGUCUCUGAAGGUAAUAUUGCUGGAGUAGAAUCGGAUGAAGCAACUGAUUGUGAAGUUCUAUCUGGUCCAAGACAGCGAAAAGCUGUGGAUUAUAUAAAGUUACAUGAUGAAAUGUUUGGAAAGAAUGCUGUUGUGAGUGAACAAAUUAGUGAAGAUGAAGAUUGGGGUCCUUGUAGAAGAAAACAUAGAGGAAAAGAGUCUAAUGUGGAAAGUACUGUUGUCACUACUGGGGAUAACCCUGGCACCUCUGCAGAAGUGAAAAAGAAACUAUCAAGUGGGAGAAGUAAAAGGCCAAUUUUCAGAUUUCCUCGACAUGUGGUUGAGAAACUUCGUGUUGUGUUUGCAGAGAAUGAACUUCCUUCUAGAACUAUCAGGGAUAAUCUUUCAAGGCAGCUAGGUCUCGAAUCUGAGAAGGUAAACAAAUGGUUCAAGAAUGCACGUUACCUUGCACUGAAAGCUAGAAAGAAAGCAAAAAGACUUAAUGCUUCUGGUCCAACAGUGUCAAAAGAAUCUGUGUCACGUAGUGGAGAGGACAAAUCUGCUGAUCCAGUGACAUCAGAGAAUGUUGCUAUAGAGCAUGAACUGGAAUCUCCUGGUUUGAAGAGUUCCAGCAGGAGAAAGACUGCACACCUAAUGGCCAGUGCUUUCACAAGAAAGAGGCAUAAGACUGCACUACCCCCAACCAACAACAAGGUCCUGAAUGCAAUUUCCAAUGUGACCAUGGUGAAAGUCUAA